AUGAGGACAUACAAGCGAAAAACUCAAAGGGGAACUACAUCUCAAGAUCUUUUACAAAGGGCUGCUGAUGCAGUCAUCAAGGAUGGACGUAAAUUAAAAACUGUUGCACGUGAAUUAGAAAUUUGUCACACAACACUACAACGCUAUGUCAAAAAAAUAAAAAGUGGACUUGCUCCUGCGGUCGGAUACAAACCAAGACUAGUGUUUAAUGAGAAACAAGAGGCACUACUAUCGAAGUACAUCUUGAAAAGCGCUUCUAUUUACUUCAGUCUUCUGCCGGAGGAAGUACGACAACUUGCGUACCAGUGUGCCGUGAAGUUUAAUGUACAAAACAUCCCACCAUCUUGGCAUACAAAUGGUGAGGCUGGCAAGGAUUGGUUGACAAACUUUCUGAAGAGGAAUUCUACACUUUCCAUAAGAACACCCGAAGCUACCAGUGCAGGACGCGCGAGCUCAUUCAACCGACAUAACGUGAAUCAAUUUUUCGAGAAACUUGGCGACUUGAUCACAAAGCAUAAUCUUACUCCUUCACGUAUCUGGAAUGUAGACAAGACUGGUGUCCAAACUGUGCUGAAACCAAAGAAAAUUUUGGCUGAAAAAGGAACAAAGCAAGUAGGAGCAAUUGUUUCAACAGAGCGUGGAACUUUAGUCACUGUUGAGCUAGCGGUAAGUGCUAUGGGAAACUCGAUUCCACCAAUGUUUGUAUUUCCACGUUUGAAAUAUAAAGACCUAUUUAUCCGCGACGGUCCUCCUGAGUGUAUUGGGGCUGGUAAUCAAUCCGGUUGGAUGACAAGCACAGAGUUCUUAGUGUUUAUAGAUCAUUUCAUAAAACACACUAAGCCUAGUCCUGACGAGCCAGUGCUAUUACUCCUAGACAAUCAUUCAUCUCACAUUGAUAUUGAUGUGAUUGAAAAAGCCAAGAGAAAUUCUGUUAUGUUAUUAUCGUUCCCACCACACUGCACCCACCGUCUGCAACUUCUGGAUGUUGGUGUCAAUGGCCCUUUUAAAACAUACUGCUCUAAAGCUCAAAAUAACUGGCUGAGAACUAAUCCCGGGAAGGUUAUGAGCGUUUAUGAAAUACCAGGUAUAGUAAAAUACGCUUUCCCGUUAGCAGCAACACCUAUGAAUAUAUGCAACGCAUUCAAAAAGACUGGCAUUUGGCCCUAUGAUUCAAACGUAUUUACAGACGAAGAUUACGCACCGUCUUUUGUCAUUGAUCGCCCGAUGCCCGAAAAUCGACCCUCACAAGGUACCGGCAACUUGCCUGUCCCUCCAAACAAUCGAGAAAAGACUCCUGAAUAUUUUGAUGAAUCAAAUUCUGUGGGCAGCAAUGUAGAGAUUGAGACUAGUCAAACAAUACUAAAGCAUGUUCCUGGGCAAAAUGACUGCAGCGUUGACUGUACAAGUGAACCAUCAGGUAAUCAAGAACAAGAGACACAGCUAAUAAGACCACUGCCUAAAGCACCUCCCCGAUUAAUUGAACAUAAUAAAAGACGUAAAAGAAAGACAGUUGUUCUUACGGACACUCCAGAGAAAAAUGCUUUGGCCGAAGAACAGGCUACUAAAAAGAAGAAGAAAGAAAGUAAAACUACAAAGAAGGUUAAGGGGAAGGGCAAGGGGAAAGGUAAACAAACAAAAAAACCGCCUAAGAAGCCCGCUAAGAAAAGAGUUUUGCAAGAUGAUGACAGUUCUGAUGAUGAACAAGAAUGGUACUGUAUCAUAUGUUGUGAUGCCUAUUCUAACUCUGCCCUGGAGAAAAAUGGAUUGAAUGCAGAGAAUGUAAGAAUUGGGCUCAUUUGCAAUGCAUUGAAGAUGAAGAAAGCCUAG